UUGGCCCUGAGGUCCACAGUCAAACUGCCCUCGACACCGCCCGUGCCAAUCCCGCCUCUUUUUCCAUCCCCCCCGCAAGGACGACACACGCCGGCUCAGAAGCAGCCAAGUUUCCAGUCCCACCCCGGGGUGAUCGAUGCUUCGCCUGGCCGUGACUGCUCCCGUGGGGCAUUCUGUUAGAUGUCGAGAGGAUGAGUCUCUUCAAACGGCCGUUUUUGGUCGAUGAAGAGCUCGGCAAGAAGGAUGACGACCACCGGCCGUCCGAACGGAGAGCUUGGCGAAUAGCUCACUGGAGAGGACCGCGGCCGCGGAGGUUUUUGUUGGCGAUAAUAGGUCUCUAUGCGCUAUAUUUCUUCUUUAAACACAUGCCGACAGAUCUUGGUCCGGCCGAGGAGCGUUACAACCCGAUUCUUGCCCAAGCGCGGCAGAGAGACCGAGCGCUGGGGAUAAUCUCUUCGGGACCUGCGCCUGCAAUUCCGCUGAAAGGAGCUCCGGCAGUAGAGCCGCCAAAACCUGAGAACGUGGCUGACCAUGAGGAUGAUGGCGACGACGGCGAAGACGACCCGAGUCCCAGGACAUCAGGCAACCUCUUAAAGCUGGUGGAUUCGCUACUGCGUGUGCCGAAACCCAUCAGCCGCCACGAAGUUCGCUCUACUGUUGUGUUCGCGGCUUCAAACCUGAAGAGCGUUGCAGACCUCAUACCUCUUGCCUGUUCCAUGGGCCGGCAGCGGGUGAAUUUGGUGCAUUUUGUGCUAAUGGGACAGGGUGAGGUAUCAAUGGAAAGAAUACAGCAGGUGAACGGCGUGGAUGCUGACAGCUGUCCCAUCAGCUGGCAUGAUGGCAGACUGGAAGCCUCUCAAGUGUCGACCGAUCUUCGGAUGGAGCGAGCCAUUGUGACUGUUUUGUCCUAUGUACACAUGUAUCUACGCCCGCAAGCCAUAAUCACACAAUCGGAGUCAAUGGAGGAUGGAGUUUUCUUGCCUGGCCUUGAAAAGAGAAUGAAGGAACUUGGUGUUAGUCACAUUGCGCUGCCUCGUGCGGCGAACGACCUGAUGUGGAUUUCUGCUCUGGAUGGUCAGGCUCUGCAGGCUUGGAACGAUGUCACCAUCGAGAUACUCAUCCAUGCUCCAUCUGAAUCAUCAGGUUCUUUGAUUAGGCUCCUGCGUUCUCUGCAGAAGGCAGACUAUCUGGGUUCCACGCCUAGUGUGACUAUUGAGCUUCCUCUGGACACCGAUCCACACCUGCUUCAAUACCUCCAAAAUAUGAAAUGGCCGUCAGGCAAGGUCACUCUUCGCCGUCGGAUAGAGCCACAUGACAUGACGUCCACUGAAUCUUCCAUCAGAAGUGUCGAGGCGUUCUAUCCUCGGGAUCCCGGCAUGUCUCAUGUGCUGGUCCUGUCCCCGCAAGCGGAACUUGCCCCCUCAUUCUAUCACUAUCUCAAGUAUAGUGUUUUGCACUACAAAUAUUCUAACCGUGGGAAACAUAUCUCUGAAAGGCUCCUGGGACUAUCGUUAGAGCUCCCGUCAUUUCGACCGACUGAUGGCGAGUCAUUCGUCUCUCCGCCUGCCGAGCAACCUACAGCAGUCCAUGGCAAAGAGACCGUCCUUCCACUGUUCGUAUGGCAGAUGCCCAACAGUAACGCGGCGCUCUAUUUCGGUGACAAAUGGGCGGAGUUCCAUACGUUCCUUUCCAACCGUCUCACGGCUCGCGAGGAUCAUCCUGAGACGAUUAAUGAUAAAAAGGUCAUUUCGAGAAAGUACCCGGCUUUCUUGGAGCACUUGCUGGAGCUCACCCGCGCUCAAGGCUACUUCAUGUUGUAUCCCUCUUUCUCGAGUCUAGACACGUUGUCACUGGCGACCAUACACAAUGAACUGUGGCAUGGAUCUGCGGCAGAAAAUCUUCAACAUCUGGGAUCCAUCGAGAAACUACCGAGUCAAGCAACAACAAUCACCUCGCUGCUAGACCAAUUUUCGCUGCGCCUCCCUGAAAUACUUGCCUUGCCCCUCCUUUCUUACACCGGAGACCGGAUAACGGGCGACGUCUACAGAGAGGAGACGGCUCACUAUGCUAACAAGUUCCGAACACGCUAUGGUGGUUGCCAUGAAGAUACCCACGAGACGUUUAUUCAGACUGCUGGCCUGUCUGCCCUUUUCUGUUUGGAGUCUUCGUGAAAGAAGGCUUAUGCAGUUCCCCAUGUACAACAUAUAUGCGCUCAACAGCUGACUCUACCUCUUGGAUCUUGGAGAU